AUGGAAGAUGAAGUAGAUGACGAUAAACAUAAAGAGGUUUUAGGAUCACGUGAAUCAUCGAACUCACAACAAAAUGAUGGAGAUUUUGUUAUAACUCUUCAAAAUCGUGCUGCAAUGGAUACUCGUCUUCGUAUUCUCUAUACAGAUGCUGCUUGUCAACCAUAUAUAGUUGAAAGUAAAAUAUUAUGGACGCAUCAAACAACAUCCGUAACAAUACCAUCAAAUGCUCAAAAUAUGAAAGUUAUUGUUCAAAAAGAUAUGAUUGGUCGCUAUUGGCGUGAUGCUCAUACUGUUUCGAUGAGUGAAACAAGAGAAGAUCAUUUGGAAGAAUCUUAUCAAGAACGUCGACACCAUCGACGAAAUUUCUUGAAAGAUAUUGGGGAUGAAGCAGAUAACGAUGAAAAUGAACAGGAUUUAGAAGCACGUGCAUCAUCAAACUCACAAACAAAUACCACAGGAAUUGUUAUAACUCUUCAAAAUCAUGCUGCAAUGGAUACUCGUCUUAGUGUUCUCUAUACAGAUCCUCAAUGUCAACCAUAUCUAGUGCAAAGUGACACAUUACUGACUCAUCAAACAAAAUCAGUAACAUUACCAUCAAAUGCUCAAAACAUAAAAGUUACUGUUCAAAAAGAUAUGUUUGCUAACAAUUGGCGUGAUGCUCAUACUUUUUCAAUGAAUGGUACUAGACUAUGUGUACGCAUUGUUGGUGUUACAGUAUCUUCAAAACUUCGUCCAUGCGAAUAG